AUGACUGUCGUUCACAUCGUCCUCUUCAAGUUCCGCGCCGACGUAGAUGAAACCCACCGUCAAACAUUCAUCAACGAACUCAAGACUCUCAAAACACUACCAUGCGUCAAAGACCAACGUCUAGUAGUAGGCGGACCGUCCAUUACAGAUCCCAUCGCUCGUAGCAAGGGCUAUCAAAUCUGUCUGUUGAGUUUCCACCCGAGCCCUGCUGCGUUGGCCGAGUACCAAGCGAGCAGCGAGCACCACAGGGUAACAAGUCAGUAUUUAUGGCCGUAUGCUGAAGAUGUUACGAGGUUCGAUUUUGAGGUCGAUGAGAAGGAUGAGGAUUCAUUUGAGAAGAGUUUUGGUCUUGUUAGAUAA